UGGUCCGGGCCGGGUCUCGCUCCGGGUGGUGAGAUGUGCGUGUAGUGACUGCCACCAGUUGAUUAUAAAGGACGAUUCCGUCUCUACUCAAUCCAGGACAAUCCAGGUGUCUUGCAAAGAUAUAGUGAUGUAAAGUGCGUCUAAACCGAUCCGAAAUAUAAAUCUAUAAUAUAAAGGCGGACAGCGCUUCAGUUAGAUAACCAUAGGUGAAGAUUUCGAGAAAUACUUCAACAUGUUGCCGACGAACGUGAUGUCCUUCAUGAAGAAGAUGGUGGCGGCAGAACCGGGGACGGCAACAACGGACGCGAACGACGCCGGCACAACCUUCGGCAAGCUGAAGCAAACCUUGUCAUCUUCUCUGCUCACAGCUCAGGACAAAGUGAAUAAAAUGUCACCAAGACCGUCGCUAAUACCGGAUAUUGAUUCAACGAUCGCCCCGGUGGCGGAAGAGAAGCCGCCGCCUCCGGCAUCUCUGGCCGUGCAGAAAAAUGAGCCGGGAAAGCCACCCAGUAGGGCAGGUGCAUGUCGGGUAUGCCUGAAGGCCUUUAAGCCGGAUGACUUCAGCAAAACCUGUGCAGGAUGUUCCCAAAGAGUCUGCGAGGACUGCGCCUCCUACAGCAAACUUGCCGAAGACGAGGAUCCGACAAAAUGGACAUGCAGCGUUUGUCGCAGGAAAAUACAGUCUCGUGCAGCAAUGCAACAGGACUCUUCCGAGAGUCUGUUGGAGAUACCGAUGCAGGAAUUGCAGAGGAGGCAUUCGGAAGCGAGGCUGGGAUCGUCUGGAGGUCUGACCCCGGGCGUCGGAAGUGGAUUAGCACCUCCGAGGAGUCCUGAAUUGAGAAGACACUCGGACGUGUCCCCAGCAUCCUUGAAGGAAUUGGAGAAACUGAAAGGUACCGGACAGAAGACGGAGGAUUGGGCCAGACGCGGGGGCCGCAGUGGUGCCACCAGUCGGGCUAACAGUCCCCCAAGGGAGGCUACCCCGACGAUGAGCAGGUCUCGGCGGGGCUCGAGGGUUGUGGCUAGACAGCACAGCUACGACGAAGAGGUUAACAAGACCUCCGCCGGGGUAAACGCGACCGGUGGGGCACUCGGUGGAGGCGGCGGCGGUGGUAACGAAUUGGGUCUGGGUCUUCCAGCCCCGAUGCCCCGUCGGGCCUCCGCCUACGACGUGUUCACGGUGCCAGGCCUAAGCACGGUGACGACGGGUCCGACAGGUCGUAGACCUUCUUUCCGAGUCCCACCCGCCGACCCUCCGAGUCCCCCGAGCCCUGAGACCUCGGGUCCGGCUGCUCUCAUUAUUCCGGAUACCAAAGACAGAAGGAACAGCCGCAGAGGAUCGCAAUUGCCAGAUAUAGGCGGUAUGCGCACAAUGGUUGCACCAAGGCCGACUCCGGCCCUUGAGGAUUUGGAGGCUGCACCCCGACGACAGGCAUCCGUCGACGCCGAGGCCAUCCGCAUCGUAAUACACGACGUGGAUUCGGGGCCUUCCACUGCGGCCCAAAGGAGGGUCAUUCUAAGGCGAGACCCGACGGACAAAGCUCACCGAA